AUGCCACCCUGCCAGACGUCUGCAGCCAAUGCAGCUGAACUUCAUUGUGACAUCCGCUGCAGUAACAAGCGUGGUGACCACCACUUGGAGCUCCCCAGUAGUCUUACACUGAAUGUGAAUAUGAGCCUGAAGCCACCUGCAAAUCUGCAUCUGAAGCCAACUUCAAAUCAGAGAGUCACACAAUGUGUCCCUGAUACUGUGCACCAGGAACAGCAUUGUGCUAGUGCAACCACUGAUUAUGACGGCGACCAAUGGUCGUCUACUGCAGAUCUCUGUGCUCAGCCAGUGACGUCUUCUGCGCCAGAACUUUUGCUUCUACAAGUUGUCCAGUUGUGGGAUCAUCAGUUGCUUCAUUUGAACCAGAAAACUGCUCAUUUGCUUCAAUGUUUCUUGGGGGUGACACCCCCCGUGUGCUACAGCUGGGAUGCCACAGCUUUUGCUUCUCGCUCGGCACUUCCUGCACAACUCAGUGCUCCUCUGACGGCAUCUCCCCCAUCCCAACAUCCCCCUGCAUCCUGCGCUGCCCUCUCAGACUUGUCCUACAGUUCCAGUUUCCACAGCUCCGGCAUCAACAGCUCUGGCAUCCACAGCUCCGGCAUCCACAGCUCCGGCGCUUUCUGCCUGAGCACCCCAGGGUCUCCCAUUGCAUCUCCUCCCCCCACUGCAGCACCUCCUGAUGCAGCACCUAAACCCAAUCUGGCAUCUCGUGAUGCGGCUCUUAUGCCCUGUCCAGCACCUCCCCCUCCAGUGCCUCCUGCUCUGCCACCUCCACACGGUGUGGUGCCUCUGCCCGAUGUAGUGUCUCUGCCCGAUGUGACACCUCUGUCCGAAAUGGCGCCUCCACCCUAUGCAGCACCGCUGGUUCUUGUGCUCACAGUGUCCAUCAUCACCGUCCUGGUGGCUGCUGUGCCUCUGCCUCCAGUACCAGUGGCUCCUGCACUGCAACUGACCCAGACCACGUCGUCCUGCAUCCAACCUGCUCCUGACCUUCCAGUGCCCUCAGCGCCAUCUACUCCAUGGUCUUCCUUGCUCCUUUUCGCUGCUGCCAUAGUUCAUCCAUCUUCUGCUUCUGCUACUCCAAGCUUGUCUCCUACUGAUGCAUUAUCUGUUGUCUGCCUUUGGUGGAGCCCUGCCUGGCACUACCCAUUUUUGAUCACUGCCCUCAGCUGCCCUUCAUCACAGCCCUCUCUGGUGGCCUUGCACCCUUCCCUGCACCUCCUGUGUGUCGCUCAUGGGAGUUUCACCACAAGGCUGUGCCACACCUUAUCUUGCCACCUUCAGCAGCCUUUGUGA